AUGCUUAGCAGUGCGGAAUUUAGAAGGGAGUACAUCUUUCUAACAGAACAAUUGAGAUCUAUUUCAGACUUGAAAGUAGAUUUCCUUAAAAAUGGUGAAGAUAUGUUACAUUUGACCAUUGUAAUAUCAGGCAAAGCUUUUCGGUUUAAUGCCUGCAUACCCACCGAUUAUCCUUCCAGCCCCUCAAAAUGGAUUGCCGAUAGGGCAACCAUUCCAAUUAUUCCACCCCAACGUCCGUUCAUUACAUUUACGGACCAACUUAGGACCGUACUAAUCAAGUGCUAUGAGAACCGCAAGCGUAAAGUACCUGACAGAGUCUACAAUUUAGUGAGAUCUUAUCUUCGAUUUUAUUUCUCCAACUUCCUCAAAAAGGAGAGAAUGAAACAAGAACUUAGAGAUAAAUGGGAUGCCUACAUAGUCGAGCACUUCAACACGUUUCUCUCGAUGGCGGACGAUAAUAUAAAACAAUUGAAUGAACUGACCGGCGAUGAAGGCAAAAGGGCAGACAAGAUGACUUCAUUACUUAAGGCGUGUCAACGAAUUCAAGUGAGAGAGUUGGGUAGAAAGCUGGAUUGGAUGGCUGAAGAUCUCACACAACCCCCUCAUCACCUCGCUCAGGAAAAGGAAAUUAGCUAUGAGCUAUAG